UGACGAUCCCUCUCCACACGCUGUCAGCAACAGAGGAGCGCAGCAGCGGGAGCUGGGUUUUUUCUCCCCUCGUUGCUUUUGUUUUGUGAAUGGAUAUUUAAACUUUGAAAUCCAUGCUGGCACUUCUCUCUCUCUCUCUUCCUCUCUGUCUCUCUCUCUGUCUCUAUCUUAUGAAAGAGUAUGACCGCUGCUGAGCUUCAGACAAAUUUGACCUGAGCUCACACACAGGAGAGAAGGCGAAAUGGAGACUAUCACGACCCAUGACUUCCUGAUUAAUUCAACAGAUUUGAACAGUGUCUUGUGCCGCUUCGGGAUCAAUAUUUCGGAUUGCGAGCCAGGACGGGGUCCCGCUCCAGAGCCGAACGACAUCUCCCAGCCUGUUCGGAUCGUCCUGUACAGCAUCAUCUUCCUCCUCAGCCUCAUAGGCAACAGCAUCAUCAUCAUCGUCCUGCUGCCGGUAGGACGGAAACCGUCGCUGAGGACCAUCACCAAUCUGUUCCUGCUGUCCCUAGCAGUGAGCGACCUCAUGAUCUCCCUGGUGUGCAUCCCCUUCACCUUAAUCCCCAACGUCAUGAAGGAUUUCAUCUUUGGCCUGGGCAUGUGCAAGCUGGUCACGUACUUCAUGGGCGUCUCGGUCAGCGUUUCCACCUUCAACCUGAUGGCCAUUUCCAUCGAGCGCUACUAUGCCAUUUGCAGCCCCCUCGCUUCCAUGGUGUGGCAGACAAGGAGCCACGCCAGAAAGGUCAUCACCGCCACCUGGGUGGUGUCCUUCAUCAUGAUGCUGCCCUACCCAAUCUCCAGCACCCUGAGGCCCUUCACCCGCCUCGACAACAGCACAGGACACAUGUGUCGCCUGAUAUGGCCCAACACAGUGUUCCAGCAGUCCUGGUACAUCGCGCUGCUGCUGGUGCUUUUUCUGAUUCCUGGUAUCAUUAUGAUGAUGGCCUACGGACUCAUCUGCUUGAAGCUGUACAAGGGAAUCAAGCGAGCGCAGUCCCUGAAGUACUCCAGCCGUGAACGCCACGCCAGCACCGGCAGCGUCAAACCAGGAAAUGGCAAUGGCUACAACUCAUCUGAGAGCAAGAGAUCGAGGAAGAGCAGAGGCGGCGAGUUACCUGAGGCGUCCCGAAACUCCGGCAGAAAGGAGCUGAUGGCCAAUAAACGCGUCAUCCACAUGCUCAUAGUCAUCGUUUUUCUCUUCUUCCUCUGCUGGACCCCUGUCUUCGUCGUCAACGCGUGGAAGGCGUUCGACCAGCGAUCGGCGAACCGUCUGACGGGGGCGCCCAUCUCUUUCAUCCACCUGCUAUCCUACACCUCGUCCUGCGUCAACCCCAUCGUGUACUGCUUCACGCACAGGCGCUUCCGGCGGACCACACUGGCUACCUUUUGUAGCUUCAGGAUCCCGUGGAGAAUCAGGAAGUGGUUCUACGGGGCGAAUAAAAAAAGCCCAUCUGAAUGGGACAAAGACGUGGUGAGAGGAUACGCGCCCUCCAGUGACCUGAAUGUCAAUACUCAAAGCAUCAGAGAGAGCACGCCCGGCGUCAACACGAGCAUCCCCUUGACACAGUGCAGCGAGGUCCCGUGAUCUGGACUGCGCUGUGCAUUCUGUAUGUAGAAGUGCCACCCAGAGUGAAGACAGCGUGUUGUAUGUUGCUGAGCCCUCACAGUGCUUUCAGGACCAGUUUAUGGGUAUUUCUUUCAUUUUAGCUUGGAGUGAAACGACACGAGUCGGUAGGCUGACGCCUGCUUGACGCAGGCCCCUCACAGCAGACGGUCACGGCCAGAUGUUUUCCGGAGACCUUCAGAGUCCAGAGUACUGACGAUGCUCAUUCAUCUUCAGGUUCCGCGAGCCUGACAUGAAGCGCUCUGACGCAGCAGUAAAUAAGUCAAUGUCCCAGUUCUACACAUAAAUAAACGUUGUGAGCUCUGGAAUUACACAUAUGAAGAAAUAAACAUUUUUCUUAAAUAAUUAUUUUUUUUGUUGAAAAUGUUAAAACAAUGUAAUGUUAAAGACCAGUCCACAAGCAAAAAUAAGUGUGAUUUUUCUUUUAUUAUUAUUAUUAUUUUUAGUCAAAAAAACAAACAAUGUCCUAAGCAGGGACUAAUAAAACAAAUUUUUAUUUUUAUUUUUUUUUAUCUGGGUAGCUGAUCAACUAAAAUUUCCAAAAUUAUAAUGUUGCCUACUUCAUAAUUGCCCACUCUUGGUCGCGUCUGUAAGUUUGUUUCUUUUGUUGUUGUAUUUGGAAGCAAAGUGUAUUGCUAAAAGUAGCCAGCGCCACAAAUAUUCUGACUUGAAUCUGGAAAGCCGUCGAUCCCCACCUCCGAGUUUCAACCUCUGAGAACAAAUCAAAUCAAACGCAGCUUGCGGCUAGAUUUGCCCCGACCCCGUUUCCAGUAAAUGUUUAAAUUCGCCUUUGUGCUGAAAAGAAUAACAAGUUAGAAGAAAUGUUCAGUAGUGUGUUGUGAAAUAACAGGUUGCGUUUUGUUUAAAGGCCAAAUCAAAGACAGUAAAUCAUAAAUAUAUGCAUGUUACAUUUCUCUCCUGAUGUCAGAAUGAUGUCCUCGAUUCAAACCCGUUUACCUUUCAUUGGUUUUCACACCGUUUUGCAUCUUGACGGCCUUUUUUAAGCGCUUCUUAUGCAGGCAUGCGCAUGAAAAAAUGAAGGAUAUUUUUGUAAAAAUCUUCAAGCCCCGUCAUUCCUUUGAAGUAUGUUUCGCCUUUCAUUUGCUCCUGUUGUGAAAGUCAAAGUGUGCUGGAGAUCGAUUGUAGUUCACAGUGUUCUGCUGCGUCACAACAGGUUGUGUUACCUUUAUUUAAGGACACAGACUCAUUUUAUUUAUUUUUCAUACCAAAGGAUCAACUCAGUAUAUGGAAGUGAACUGUUAGUGCUGUGAUAGUGCCCUCGGGGUUGCCAAAUAUUUCUUCGGUGACUUAACACAUACUUUCAGUUUUAAUGGUACGGGUGAGUAACUAGUCUGUGUACUUCAGUUUGAGAUCAAAGGUUGUUGUGGAUAUGGAGUUUGCACAGUGUGCGAGAGAGCAAUGCAGAAAGAUCCCAGGCCGGGAAUUGAACCCAGGAUGGGAAUUGAACCCAGGACCUUCUUGCUUCAAGGCAACAGCUCUACCAGGUGCGCCACUGUGUGCCCCCCCUGUGUGCCCCCCUGUGUUUUCCAUUUUAGCAAAAAUAUAUUUUGUGCACAUUUAAUCUCAAAAGAACUGUAAGGAAAGAAAAGUUGUUUGUGAUUUGCUUAGCAAUUAGCAGGAGUAAAAAGAAAUUACCGAGGCUGAAAAACACAAGUCAAAAUUGUCGUAACACGUGUAAAAAUUAAAAUAAUUCAAGUAAGUUUGAAUUUAAGUUAAAUUAAACGUAACGUUGGUUUAAAAAAAUCGUGUAACUGUAUAUGGUUAGUAGUAUUUCUAAUCCCUCUAGAGAGAGAAGCUGAACUGAGCUUAGCUUACUUUGGCUAAAUAAUCAAUCCAAUGUAGGUUGUUUUUUUAAAAAAAUUCUCUCUCACCAUCAUUUAUUAGUCGUUUUCAGCAUUGAAUUUACAUUCUGAGACAUUUUUAUAUAGUUCUGAAAAACUAAAUGCCAAGACACUGAACCGUUGCUAGGUUUUGAAUACACCGUCUCUUUGAUUUGAAUCUUUACAUACUGCCUUCCCACUUCCCUAGAAUAUAUUCUCAACGUCUAGGAAUCACCGGCCUCACCGACACAUUAAUCACAACCAGCAGCUUUGAACUGAAACCCUCCGCCCCCUGCUGCACAAACAGCUGCUGCCCUUGACCCUCUGUAUGUAUGUGUACCUAAAGGACUGGGCAACUUAUCUUUUUGUGGGAUUUGUAACACCUGCAGCUCGUCUUGAAAGAGUCAGUCUCUCCCCUCACCCACACGAUUUCCACACGUUCUUACUGUUGAACACGGCAGCGUCAAUGUAGCAACUUGUGCGUAUUUUUUUUUCUUUUCCUGUGAGUUUAUAUGUGAAGAAGCCAACAUUUCUCUUGUCGUUUCUGCCAGUUGUGAUGUGAAAUGUUGGCUCUCAAAUGUACUUCGCCGUCGUUUUGUGAUCAGGCUCGUUUCAGGCGAACGACUGACUAGAAAAGUGCGAUCGCGGGAUACUUAUCGAUUUAUCGCGAACGUGGCUGUCGGAAAACGUGUCGACAUUUUACAGCGACUGGCGACGGGCGUCCUUCACGCGUCAUGGUCAUAACUACGAACUUCAAUGUAUCUUGCGGGGAUUUGUGUAAUAUAUACAGGCGGUAAAGAUGUGCACAACUUUGAAGUGGGG